AUGAAUAUUUUUGCAUACUUCCCAGCAAUUAAUAGUUUCUGGGGCUUGAUAUUGUAUUCACUUGUUGCAUACAUAGUGGCUACCAUAUUAGCUGGAAUUGUAUCAUCAUAUAUGGUGAAUCCAGAUUAAUUUGAUUAAUAGAAGAAGAAAAUUAUUAAAUAAAGAGAAGUAAAAGACAAAAAGGCAUAAGAAUUAUUAAAAAAGUUGAGUUGA